AUGCCUAAAGCACCAAAGGGAAAAAGUGUAGGACAAGAAAAAAAAGUCAUCCAUCCAUAUAGUAGAAAAGCAGCUCAAAUUACAAGAGAGGCCCACAAACAAGAAAAAAAGGAAAAAUUGAAGAAUGAAAGGGCAUUGCGUCUCAGCCUUAUUGGUGAAAAACUGCAGUGGUUUCAAACUCACCUUGAUCCCAAAAAAGUAGGAUAUUCAAAAAGAGAUGCUUGUGAAUUAAUUGAAAGGUAUUUGAAUCGAUUCAGCAGCGAGCUGGAGCAGAUUGAGUUGCGAAACAGCUUCAAGGACAGGCAGGGCCGGAGGCACUGCUCUCGGGAGGCGGCCAUCAGGCAGACCCUGGAGCGGGAGCGGCGGCAGUACCAGGCCCACGGCCUCGAGAUUCCAGACAUUUUAAAUGCAGAUAAUCUGAAAACUUUUAGAGAAUGGGAUUUUGAUCUGAAGAAAUUGCCAAACAUUAAAAUGAGAAAAGUCUGUGCUAGCGAUGCGGUGCCCAAGAAGUGUAAGAAGAAAGCUGUGACAGCUGUAGACAGAGAUUUAGGGGAAUUGGAACUGAAAGAUGAGUCAAGUGACACAGACGAGGAAAUGACUGCGGUGGCCUAA